AUGUUUGUGAAUCUACAGAAAGCUCUUGAUGCAGUAUCUGUUGAGUGUAAAAGCUCUGAGCCACCAGACAUAAUUGAAGAAGAAUUACUUGAGUCUGAGUCUGACAAAAUAGAGUACAAGAGCCCUCCAUUACUAGCAGAAUCCAGCAGCAAUCCAGCACCACUACUAAUGUCUUCAGGCCUGUCCAGCUCCAGUAUAUUAGAAUCAAGAUUGGAUCAUGAAUUCUUUCUGCCUACAAAUAUAGUAAAAUUAACAGAAGAAGACAACACACUUGUACAGAAGCUGGUGAUACAGCUGCAGACCCAUCAUGGGUGCUCUACUGAGGCUCAUGCUGCAUUGAAGCUGCUCUCCAUGCCAACAGUAUCUCUCUUACAGAUGGCAAGCUGGAAAUGUUCAGAUAUCUUAGAGCAUGCCAGCAUGUCUUUCUAUUCUAUACAUGGAAUGUGCACAUCAGUAGAGUCUUUAGCUCAUGAGAAAGUAUCUUCAUGCCCUGCAAUUAUUGAUCUGGAAGAUGAUACCAUCCUGAUGCCAGCAUUUCUGCAUGUCAUGAUUGACAUUGAUAGUGCUGGUGUUCCUGACAAGCAAUCUGAAGAGUUCUCUUCAUCUGAAUCUCAUUUCAGUCUAGUGAAGAGAUGA